CGGGGCGUGUCGCGCCGGGGCGACGCGGGCCGACGUGCCGUACGCGCCUCCGCGGGCGUCCCGGGGCGGCCGGCCUCUCCGCCUCCCUGCGAGGCGGGCCGGGCAGACGGCGGCGGCCAUGUUUGUGGCGCGCAGCAUCGCGGCGGACCACAAGGACCUCAUCCACGAUGUGUCUUUCGACUUCCACGGCCGCCGGAUGGCCACCUGCUCCAGCGACCAGAGCGUCAAGGUCUGGGAUAAAAGUGAAAGCGGAGAUUGGCAUUGUACUGCUAGCUGGAAGACACAUAGUGGGUCUGUAUGGCGUGUGACAUGGGCGCAUCCCGAAUUUGGACAAGUGUUGGCUUCCUGUUCUUUUGACCGAACGGCAGCUGUAUGGGAAGAGAUAGUAGGAGAAUCAAAUGAUAAACUCCGAGGACAGAGUCACUGGGUGAAGAGGACAACUCUAGUGGAUAGCAGAACAUCUGUUACUGAUGUGAAAUUUGCUCCCAAACACAUGGGCCUGAUGUUAGCAACCUGUUCAGCAGAUGGUAUAGUAAGAAUAUAUGAGGCCCCAGAUGUUAUGAAUCUCAGCCAGUGGUCUCUGCAGCAUGAGAUCUCAUGUAAGCUGUGCUGCAGCUGUAUUUCUUGGAACCCUUCCAGCUCUCGGGCUCAUUCCCCCAUGAUAGCUGUGGGAAGUGAUGAUAGUAGCCCAAACGUAAUGGCCAAAGUUCAGAUUUUUGAAUACAAUGAAAACACCAGAAAAUAUGCAAAAGCUGAGACUCUAAUGACAGUCACAGAUCCUGUUCAUGAUAUUGCGUUUGCUCCGAAUUUGGGAAGAUCUUUCCACAUCCUGGCAAUAGCAACCAAAGACGUAAGAAUUUUCACAUUAAAACCUGUGAGGAAAGAACUUACUUCUUCUGGUGGUCCAACAAAAUUUGAAAUCCAUAUCGUGGCUCAGUUUGAUAAUCAUAACUCUCAGGUUUGGAGGGUGAGUUGGAACAUAACAGGAACAGUACUAGCAUCGUCAGGAGAUGACGGCUGUGUGAGGUUAUGGAAAGCUAAUUACAUGGACAAUUGGAAGUGUACUGGUAUUUUGAAAGGUAACGGGAGCCCAGUAAAUGGGAGUUCUCAGCUGGGAAACUCAAAUCCUUCGCUAAGCUCAAAUAUUCCAAAUCUUCAAAACUCACUAAAUGGAACUUCUGCUGGCAGAAAGCACAGCUGAGUACAAGCUAGCUGGAGUAACUUUGCUGUUUUGCUGCUUGUUGCAUGCACACAGGAAUGGAAAUCGAACUCCUUUCCCCCUUUCCCAGCGCCGUUUGAUCUCUCCCAAGAUGCACCAACAGCCUGCUCACUACUAAAUACAGUCCAAAGGCCUUUAAAAUUACAGUGUAUAUAAUUUUUUGUACUAGUCAGUUUACUGGCACUAUAAAUGGAAAGGCUUUUUGUUGAGACAUCAUCACCAAAACAAUUUUUUGAAAUGUUCUGGAGACUAACUUGGGUUUAAAAACUGAAAAGAUUGCUACUAUCCUCAUAAACAAUUGGGAGGAGGGAAAAUAUAAUUUUAUUCCAUUUGGAGACUAUAGGAAUUCCUUUUAUUUUCUAAAACAAUAAGCUAAAAUGAUGAGUUUUUUAUAAUUUUAAUUUGAAAAUCAAAUAAAUAUUUUUCAUAAAGAUUGUUUUGAGUGCUAAUUUGUUUACCUUUUGUAGUAUUUCUCUAUAGGUGAUAUUAUCCACACAACUGGUUUUCCUUGUAAUUAAUAAUACUAGUAAAGGAGCAGAUCAUUAGCCUAGCACUGGAGUUGAGAUAAAUGAUUUGUAGCCAAGCAGCACAUUCGCAUUUGCUACACUUUUAUGUGGUAGUAAAAAGGUAGAAGCACUUUUAAUUUUUCAUCUCAUACUCAUAAAAGAGAUGGUUGUUUCUAAUAUGUGCAUGGAUAUUUAUGUGUGAUUCUAUACGACUUGGUUUCCUUUAAGACAGUUUGGAAACAUAAGACUUGCCAUUUUGCUGAAAAUAUGCAUGCAAUUGAAAUUCCAUAUCUCAGGAUUUUUAAUGUGUUGUUUCAAUGAGUUACUGUCUUCUGAAACUCUUGACUUUGACAACAAAGUUACAUACCUUUUCAUUUACUAAACUGCAUACAUAUUACGGGUAAGUUAUAAGAUGAUGGAAUAACAGGCUGUAAUUCUUUGAGCCUUUUUAUGCACCAGAUUCUGUAGCUGUUCUAAGUUUUUUGCAGGAAACUGACUGUCCGAUGAUUGUAGUUUUCAAAAGCAUGUUGCAGUAUCCAGCUUUACUGUGUGAGUGUAUUCGAUUUGGUUCUCAGAAUCAUGUAUGCACUAAAGAUGUGUGUCUGCUGCUGCAGCAAAUGCAAUGUUCCUCAAAUUAAAACGUAUUAGAUUUGUAAAUUACAGAAUCAAAUGAGAGAUUAGACAAUGCUUUACAUUGUCUGUGUAAUGUACUGAAAUUUUUUUUUUUGGCAUUUUAACUUUAAUAGAUUGUAUUUUUUCAAACUUUCAUACUUGCUUAAGCAAUCUUGAUUCAAGUGAGAGUCUUGGUUUGUACUGUUAUGUUCUAUUGGUCCUGGCAUGAAUAUACAAGGUUUUUUUUGUUUUGUUUUGUUUUUUGUUUUUCUUUCCUUCCAGCAUGUUUUCUCUUCUUUGGUUCUCUUUGUAUUUACUGCUUUUCUCUUUUUCUUCUGUUUCCUCCCUUCCCUCCUUUCCCCUCCCCUGUUGUUUUUGUUUUGGUGUUUCGUUCCUGUCUUCAUUAUUUCAGGUAUUUCUUUCCCCCUCUGGAUUCCCCACGGGCUGGAUCAAGAUGGUCCAGUUGUGCCCAGCUCCUUCCUCCUCCUGCUCCUCUGGUAGAGCACUCUUGCGAUGCUGACACUGCCAACCUCCAGUAUCCUCACCCUCGCAGAGGAUACCUCUCUCGGCCUCUCAAUCCCUUACCUGAGAAUGAAGGGGUUUAAAAUACUGAUUUAAAGGCCUUAUUUCAGAUGCUUGUAAAUGCUUUUAUUUCAGGCUGCUUUUUUGUUUUCUUCAUUUCUUUUCAGAAGAUCCUUCUUUCUUAGGGCAUGUCUUGCAUGUAUUACAGCUGAAGUGUUUGGAACAAAACUUAUUUGUACUUCUGCACCAGGAAACUUGGCUUCCCUAGUUGGUUACCUUUGAUGAGAUGAUCUUCAAAAAAGUAACAUUAACUGUGAAAAAGUCCCAGUAUCUGACUCAAAGUGCCUGUCUUGUAAAUUCUGUACCGAAUUGUUAUAGAGUUCAGUUUCACCUGUCGAUAGCUUCACAUAAAAGCAUAUCAUUGUGGACCUCUCUGUAUUUCAGACAUUAAGAAAUACUUUGGAUUUUAUAGGCUGAUGUUACAGAUGACUGUAAAAUAAAUAAUUCCUGUGGAUAAAGCAGUGAAUCAUAAGGAUAUUUUUGUUUUUGUUUUUUUAAGGAAAAUGCCUUUUACUCUUUGGAAUUACUGUUUAAUGUUUUUUUUUUUUGUAAUUAUUUUCCAAGUAGGUUAUUUAAUAAAAAUAUUUUAAAAGAUA